AUGUGGUUGAAAGGCAAGAAAGAUAAGCCAAACGACAUGUGGAACAGCAAGCCAGAGCACAGGGCGCAUGAUACUCUGAUGCCUGAAUUGCAUAUGGACAACAUAAUGGAGGUCCUCAACCAAGGGUUAGCAAAAACAAGAGACCUCUUCGUUAAAUUUCAUAAAGCCAUUGAUCCUACUGUUGAUUGUUCUGCUCUUGAAAACUAUGUUAUCCCACUGUUCCCCAUUGACUGGACUCUUAGCGCGCUGGGAGUUAUGAAUGCGGUGGACCUUACUGCUCACCUGUGCUAUGUCAAUUGGCAUUCAGAAUCAGAGGAAGACAACAUCAUGUCUAGGGUGAAUGGCUCUAAGCCCCAGCCUGCUAGUGUUGGCACCCAAGAGACUCUCCCAUCUCAUGUGUAG